ACGCGCCGAAACUUGCCCGACAAGACAGUUGAGUUGCGGGCGCACAGGAACUGCCAUGGGAGUGCUGGACACCUUCCUCCAAGUCGACGGGCUCUGGCCGUUCGUCGUCCCCCUUCUGCUGCUGCUGGCGCUGCUGGCAUGGAGCAGGCGCACGCCUCCCGGAGCCCGGCCACCACCUGGUCCCCGCGCGCUCCCCAUCAUCGGGAACCUGCACAUGCUGAACACUCGCAGGCUGCACGAGUCUCUGCUGCAGCUCUCUAAGCAAUAUGGCAGCGUGUUCACGGUGUACCUGGGCCCCAGGAGAGUCGUGGUGCUGGCCGGAUAUGAGACGGUGAUGGACGCCCUGGUGAACUACCCGGAGGAGUUCGGUGCCAGAGAUAUUUGGCCGAUUUUCCGGGACACCAAUAAGGAGCACGGCAUUGCCUUUGCUAAUGGCGAGUGCUGGAGGACCAUGCGGAAGUUCACCCUGUCCACCCUGAAGGACUUUGGAAUGGGAAAGAGGAUCCUGGAGGAGAAGAUCCUGGAGGAGAUCGGCCACCUGACGCAGGUGUUUCAAGAGCAGAAUGGUAAGCCAUUUGAAGCAAGACAGGACAUCAGCGUGGCCGUCUCCAACAUCAUCUGCUCCAUCGUCUACGGCAAGAGGUUCGAGUACAACGACCCCAACUUCGUGAAGAUGAUCAAGAGGGCGGCAGAAAACACCAAGAUAGUUGGCACGCCAGGCAUCCAGAUCUACAACUGCUUCCCCUUUCUGGGCCCGUUGAUCUCAUCGAGAGCGAAAGCCAUGGAGAACAUGGAGCAGAACAAGGCGGAGAUCCUGAGCUUUGCCAGGGAGAGCCAGCGGUGCCAGCAAGGAGAUGACGUCAAAGGAUUCAUCGACGCCUUCCUGCAGAAGCAGAAGCAGGAAUCUCACAAUCCCAACUCGCUGUUCAACGAUGAAAACCUGGUGAUUACAGUCCUGAACCUCUUUGUCGCCGGGACGGACACGACUGCGAUGACCAUCUGCUGGUGUCUCCUUCUGAUGGCGAAAUACCCUGAGGUCCAACUACAACUGCAGCAGGAGAUCGACAGCGUGAUUGGGACAAGGCCACCAAAGAUGGAGGAUCAGAAGGAGAUGACAUACGCCAAGGCGGUGAUCCAUGAGAUCCAGAGGUUCUCCAACAUCGUACCCUUAAACCUUCCUCACCAAGCAACCACCGAUGUCCACUUCCGAGGCUACUUGAUCUCUAAAGGCACCACAGUCAUCCCGCUGCUGACCUCCGUCCUGAGGGAUGAAGCCCACUGGGCGACGCCAAACGAGUUCAACCCCAGCCACUUCCUCGAUGCUGACGGCAACUUUGUGGAAAACGAGGCCUUCCUGCCCUUCUCUGCAGGUCCAAGGGUCUGCGUGGGUGAAACUCUGACCAGGAUGGAACUCUUCCUGUCCUUGACGGCCCUCCUACAGAACUUCACCUUCACGCCACCGCAGGGGGUCACGACUGACCAGCUGGACCUCACACCGGCCAUUGGUUUGCUCUUGAGCCCAACGCCCCAGGAACUGUGUGCCAUCAGGCGCAGCCAGAAGUGAAAAUGAGAGUGUGGCCUGACGCCCGCCGUACCAUCUGUGCCCCUUGGGUCCAUCCCUUCUCCGAUUAGUUAAAUAAAGGUCAGCAUUGUGCCCAG